CACUGGCCGAAGGAUGUGUGGCCGAUACUUUUACAAUGCAAACUCACGGGUAAAGCUCAGGAAGCUUGCGCUUCUCUUUCUGUGGAGGAUGGCCUCUCUUAUGAAAAAGUAAAGAGCGCGAUACUGCAGGUAUAUGAGCUGGUGCCUGAGGCAUAUAGACAGCGUUUCCGCGGUCUGAGAAAAACAGCAAGCCAGACGUACGCUGACUUUGCCAGAGAGAAGGGGAUGCUGUUUGACAGGUGGUGCUCAUCUUGUAAGGCAGAUAACUUCAAUUCAAUACGUGAGUUAAUGUUGUUGGAGGAAUUUAAAAACCAAGUGCCGGAGCGAACUGUUGUGUAUUUAAAUGAGCAGAAGGUAACUACUUUGCAGCAAGCUGCUAUUCUUGCUGAUGAGUUUGCUCUUACCCACAGAAGCCCCUUUAUCAGGCGUGAUUCCCCUACUCAACCUGAAACUGCUUUUAGGUCCAGUGACACGCGUGUUCCACGUUUCAGUACAUCACUCUCUGCACCCAAGGCAGAUAAGCAAUGUUUUUUCUGUCAUAAAGCUGACCAUCUAAUUGCGGACUGCAAUGCGUGGAAACGUAAGCAGCAGGCGGCAAUUUCAAAGCCCAAGGGUGUGGGGCUGGUAAAAACAGUAACCGGUUGUUCACCGUCGCCCAGUCAAACAGUACCUGAUGAGUGUUUUAAACCUUUCAUUUUCCCUGCAUUUGUCUCGCUCACAGGAAAGGUGGAUGAUCAGCGUCCCGUCACAGUUUUGCGAGACACUGGUGGCUCCCAGUCAUUCAUUCUUUCCUCUGUACUGCCCUUGAGUACGGAGUCUGCCUGUGACACGAGCGCAAUUGUACGAGGUAUCGGGAUGAGGCUGCCACCUACAAGAGAAACGGGGAACUGGGCUGGAGACCUAGAAAAGUGUGAAGGUGGGACAGAGCCCGUCGCUGUUCAUGCGCUGCCACUGACCCGUGAGGCGCUCAUCAACUCCCAGUCAGGUGACCCAUCUAUGAGAAAAUGUUUUGCAGCAGUUGAGGACCACGAUAAAUGUACUGAAGAGAGGCCAACCAGGGGGAGCAGGAAAAAACUCCGGAGACUGCUGCCUCUGGUGAAACAACUACCUCCUUGGUUUGUGUGGAAUCACUGCCUGACGAUGGGUUAACUGUACUAGGAAGUGAUCAGCAGAGUGGUAGGCUGUCUAACACAGAGUUCUUGGCGAAAAUAGACACCCAUUUGAACUAUCUCCCUGUAGAUCAGCAACGAGAUAUAGUCUCUUUGAUGCGCUCCCAUCCGUCCCUGUUUAAUGAUGUACCAUCUAGUACCAACGUACUAAAACAUGACAUCGAUGUUGGUAGUGCGUCUCCCAUUAAACAGCAUGCGUACCGAUGUCCUUUAGCCAAAAGAGAGCUUAUGAAAAAGGAAGCUAAUUACCUAUUGGAAAACGGUUUAGCUGUACCUAGCUGUAGUCCUUGGAGUUCCCCUUGUUUGCUGGCUCCAAAAUCUGAUGGCACCCCACGCUUUUGUACCGACUAUCGGAAGAUUAAGCACAAGAAGGGGACCGACAAUGUGGUGGCUGAUGCUCUGUCCCGUGGGUGAGGAACACAAAAAAAAAAGUUAAAGAAGAUAAUAAUUCAGUGUAGCAUGUUAGUAAUAACAGGUGUGUGUGUAUAGUGUUUAAUGUAGCAAACUAUAAGUUUGCACUUACGGGAGGGGGUGUUACGUGUGCAUGUUUUUUGCUGCUCUUUUGUGUCCUGCGCCAGGUGCCACCCUCCCCACCUGACUGGUCAGGCACACCUGCGGCACCUUGGCAAUCAGGUGGAUCGCCUCAAAGCUGCAGGGAUGGAGGCAGACGGGGCCAGUGGGCCAAACCGCCAAACCGCGAGAAGCUGUUGGUCGUGAACGAGAGCUGUGUGCUGCGCUAUCUUUGACUUGUUCUAAUUCCCUCGUAGUGUUAACCCUUGUUUUUUUUUCUUUCUUGGCUUCGCUUCCAUCAGGAAGUAGUUUUGUGUUGACGUCGAUUUACCUACGCGGAAAUAAAUAGUCUAAGUUUACAAAUA